AUGCCUAAACUUCAUCUCAAACGAACACCAGAGGAAGAAGCUGCUCGACGAGUACGGAAACUAGAGAAAAGAGAGGCUAAACGUCGUAGGAAACAUGAUCAUUACGGCUAUGGUUCAUCCAGCAGCAAAAGGCAACAGCGAACUGCCGUUGUAGAGGAAGAUAAUUCCUGUGAUGAAGAAGACGGCAAGGAAUUCAUUGGUCCAGUACCGGGACCGUCAAAUUACCAACCAGACUACGAGACAAUUCGCGCAGAGAUAGAAGAACAACGGUUCCGAGAAAAGAUGGCCAUGGCUUUCGAUGAUGAUGAACGCUUGGACUCUAUCGAAGCUCGCUUCAACUCCUUCGCACACGUUCCUAUGCAUUGGGGCGGAAAAAACAGUUCGAAACCUCGUAUCAACUAUGAUAACGACGAAUUCCUUGCCGUGGAUCCAAUGACAAUGGAUGACGAAGAAUACGCCGAGUGGGUUAGGAUGGGAAUGUACCGGAAAACACACGCUCAAGAAAUCGCGGAGAAAGAACGUAUAAAGGCUGAAAGAGCAGCUAAACGUGCACAGGAAAAGGCCAUACGCGCAGAAACGGAGCGCCUUCAGAAAGUUGCUGCCGCUGAACGUUGGUCUCACAAGCUAAAGAAAGAGAACAAGAGACUCGAACUACUGCGUUUGGAAUAUCAAAAGCGAUGGAAGCUCUUACUAUCCAACACACAGCCUGCGGAUAUUGCUGAUAUCGGCUUCAAUGACAUACCAUGGCCAAUUUUACUCGCAUACAAGCACAAGUCAGAUAAGAAAUCAGUUUCUGAUACUGUGUCAUCACUAUCACUCGAUGACUUCACUCCCGAUGCGAUAUCGACAUUCUUACUGUCAGAAGCGGAAACGGAAAACCCAAAGAAGGGUCGUAAGGAGAAGCUCCGCGAGACUCUUUUGCGGUUCCACCCUGAUAAGUUUGAAGGUCGCCUCAUGUCCCGGGUGAGGCCUGAGGAGAAGGAGAAGGUCACGCAGGCUCUUGGGAUCGUUGUUCGUGUAUUAAAUGACCUGAUGGGAGAAGGGUAA